UCUUCUUCUUCAUUUCGUCUUCAAGAAUCAAAUUCUCUUCUUUCCAAAGAAACUUCUGCUCCAAUAUACGAUGGUAAAAGGAGGCAAACUCACCAAGCUUAAGUCCAUGCUAAAGAAAAUGCAAUCUUUCAAGAUCAGCCGGGCCAAUGACACCUCCAUCAACAAUUUCUCAGAUGAUGACACGGCAGCCGAAAAAGAGCUCCACCCCGUCUAUGUCGGUAAGUCAAGGCGGCGCUACUUCAUCACCACCAACGUCAUGGACAACCUGCUCUUCCGGGAGCUGGUGGAGCGGUCCAGGGCCGAUGAUGACUCGAUUACUGUCGGCUGCGAAGUUGUGCUUUUCGAGCAUUUGCUUUGGAUGCUGGAAAAUGCUGAUCCUCAGCCUGAAUCCUUAGAAGAGCUUGUCGAGUUUUAUGAAUGUUAAUACCAGAGGGGAUGGGAUCGUGCCAACUUCUAGUCUCGUUUUCUUACAGUUAAUAAAACAAGAUAACUUCUCCGAAAAUGAUAGCACUAGACAGCAAGGGUCUGGUUUAGAAUUCGAAAAAGACCGUUAACGUCUUGUCGAGAUCGACUGAAAUAUUUUGCUCACCUGAAGAAUAUCAAGAAAAGAGGUCAUUUUAUGUUAUAGAUCUUAUUAGUUUAUCCUUUCGAGUUUUUAUUCCCAUUAGACAUGUUAAUGGGAAAAUAAUAUUCAUAUAAUUGAUCGAUUAUAACUUCAUUGAAAAUAAAUUUUAAUUUGAUA